UUGGCUUCAACCUCUCCUACUCUUGACAUCUGAGUAGCUCGAAGGGAAGCUUCUCCAGGUCCGAGUGUUUAUAUGUGAAGGAGACUGGCCGCUAGGGCUCGGGACCGGGAUUAUCUGAGCUUUGCAGAAACGGCGGUUAUUUAUUUGGGAGGGGGGAAACACGAUUUCCAGUGAAAAGUGACAGAGGGUGGUAGCGUUUGGAAGCAUCGUGAAGUCGUCUGCCUGGAACCUGAGACUUGCAUGCUAUGGAACACCCGCUCUUUGGCUGCCUGCGCAGCCCUCACGCCACGGCGCAAGGCUUGCACCCGUUUUCACAGUCCUCUCUCGCCCUCCAUGGAAGAUCUGACCAUAUGUCCUACCCCGAGCUCUCCACUUCUUCCUCGUCUUGCAUAAUCGCGGGAUACCCCAACGAGGAGGGCAUGUUUGCCAGCCAGCAUCACAGGGGGCACCACCAUCACCACCACCAUCACCACCACCACCACCAGCAGCAGCAGCAGCACCAAGCUCUGCAAACCAACUGGCACCUCCCGCAGAUGUCCUCCCCCCCGAGUGCGGCUCGUCACAGCCUCUGCCUCCAGCCGGAUUCGGGAGGGCCCCCGGAGCUGGGGAGCAGCCCGCCGGUCCUGUGUUCCAAUUCUUCCAGUCUGGGCUCCAGCACCCCAACCGGGGCCGCGUGCGCGCCAGGGGACUACGGCCGCCAGGCGCUGUCACCCGCGGAGGCGGAGAAGAGAAGUGGCGGCAAAAGGAAAAGCGAUAGCUCAGAUUCCCAGGAAGGAAACUAUAAGUCAGAAGUCAAUAGCAAACCCAGGAAGGAAAGGACAGCUUUUACCAAAGAGCAAAUCAGAGAACUUGAAGCAGAAUUUGCCCAUCAUAAUUAUCUGACCAGACUGAGGCGAUAUGAGAUAGCAGUGAAUCUGGAUCUCACUGAAAGACAGGUGAAAGUCUGGUUCCAGAACAGGCGCAUGAAAUGGAAGAGAGUAAAAGGAGGGCAGCAAGGAGCUGCAGCUCGAGAAAAGGAACUGGUGAAUGUCAAAAAGGGAACACUUCUUCCUUCCGAGCUCUCGGGGAUUGGUGCAGCCACCCUCCAGCAAACAGGGGACUCUCUAGCAAAUGAGGACAGCCACGACAGUGACCACAGCUCAGAGCAUGCACACUUAUGAUACACAGAGAGGAUCAGCUCCAUUCUCAGGAAAGAAAUGUCAAGAUGGCAAGCCUUACUCAAACCAUCGUUUACACAGAGAGAGGACUAUGACAGUGAUUUUUAAUUAUUAUUAAAUUCAGGCAUUUCCAGUCUGUUUUUCAUGAUCUAUAGAGGGUUUACACUAAGUGCCACUUAUUAAAGAUGCUUCCAUAGUGAAGAUGGAAGUGAACUUGCUUUGACUGUUCCAGAUGUGUUGGUCGUGUGAGUGACAGUAAGCAGGUAUGUUUGCUUUUGCUUGCACUGAAAAUUUAAUUGCUAUCAAGAGCAAACUAUGAGACCUUUUAAUUCAGGAUGCCUCCAGAGUGAAGAUGCAGAAGAUGAACUUGUUUUGAAAAUUCCAGAUGUACAAGGUUAUAUGUAUGACAGUGGGCAGGUAUUUGCUUUUGCUUGCACUGACAAAUUGCUAUCGAGAAUAAACCAUGAAACAUUUUAUCCUGAAUAGCCACAGUGCCUGAAAUCACUUUUAAGUGGAUAAAAAAUGUAUUUUAACUCUGUAUAUAUUACCCUUAAGUCAUUUUCCUGUCUUCACUAAGUUUAGCAAUGCAUUCAUAUUAGCUGAUGAAAAUAGGCACUUAAGAUGACAACCAGAACCAGCUUCCUGUCUGUUUAUGCAUUUUGUCAUCCCAGAAACAAUCAGCACGUGCUUACUUGUGUUCAAGUAGAGAAAAAUACAUUAGAGUCUGAUAGGACAUAUUCUUGUACCACAGACAAAACAAAUCUUAUGUUGCAUUUUCUAUCAACUGCUGCUAAUACAUUAUUAAACUUACCUAGCUCCUCAAUUCUUCCUAUCUUAUAGCUUGACAAAAAAAUUAUGAUCAUAGGCAAACCAGUUAACUUGCAGAAAGAGCUUUGUAUGACAGAUCUUGUCUGAUUUUAUUUCUUGAAAAUGCUAGCUGUUGUAUGAUUUAAUUAACAAGAAAAAAGUUUCCCCUUGAUUGGUGAUAGUAUUGGACAAGUUGCAAAGUAAAAUUGACUUCUCAAGUUGGUAGAAGAUAAAAUUCUGAAUGUUUUCAAAUUAGAUUCAGUAAAGACAUUAUUUUUUCAUAUAUGAUGUAUUCAUGCAGAACAACAAUCUUUGU